AUGAGGGAUGGGACAAAAGGCCGUCAAAAGACGUCUUUAUGGGGGAAAAAGUUAAAUAUACGACAUGUUUAUGAUGAUAUUCAUAUCAAAAGAUUGGGAAAAAAAUUAAAAGGCAAUGUUAAAAAUGAAAAUAUGCGUGGUCCGGACAUAGAUUCUAGUUCUAGUUCACGAGAAGCACUGGCUUUGGUAUGGUCAUGCGAACAUUUUGCGAUGUAUCUAAAGGGAGCACCAACAUUCACAUGCAUUACUGAUUGCAUGCCGUUAACUAAAAUUUGGGAAAAAAAACAACCACCACUAAGAAUCGAACGUUGGGGAUUGCGACUUCAACCGUUCAAAAUGAAAAUAGAGUAUAGGUCAGGGAAAGAUAAUCCCUCAGACUUUAUGUCCCGUCAUCCAUUAAAUUAUAUGGAAGAACGAAAUAUAGCAGAGGAAUACGUGUCAUUUGUCGCAGAACAAUCAUUACCAAAUGCAAUGACAGUAGAUGAGGUAAAAAUGGAAUCAUUGAAAGAUAAGACAAUGCAAAAGGCAGUCGAAUUUACAAAGAAUGGUAAAUGGUAUGAAUUGAAAACACUGAAUGACCCAGAAAUAGACAAAGAAGAAUUAUCAUCUUUUCGUAGUAUAAAGGACGAAUUGACUGUGUAUAAUGAAACAUUAUUGAUGAAAAAUGAUAAACUAGUGAUCCCAAAAUCACUCCGUGAAAAAGCAAUAAAACUAGGACAUGAAGGUCACCAAGGAAUUGUGAAAACAAAAAGUUACAUAAGAUCGAAAGUAUAUUUUCCAAACAUGAAUUCUGAAAUCGAAGCUGCGAUUCAAAAGUGUUUAGCAUGUCAAUCAAAUUCAAAUGAACAAGGACCGCGUGAACCUUUUAGAAUGAGUGAAUUGCCGUCGGGACCUUGGCUCAAUAUAAGCGCUGACUUUUGUGGUCCGUUAGAAAACGGGGACUAUUUACUUGUGGUAAUAGACGAGUAUUCGAGCUAUCCGAUAGUUGAAAUAAUAAAAAAUAUUUCAGCAAACACAGUUAUCCCGGUGUUCGACAAGAUUGUAUCAAUGUUUGCUAUACCGGAAGUGAUAAAAACCGACAAUGGGUCUCCAUUUCAAAGUAAAGCAUUUGCUGACUUCAUGAAAUUUUACGGCAUAAUUCAUCGGAAAAUCACACCGAGAUGGCCAAGAGCAAAUGCCCAAGCAGAAUCCUUCAAUAAACCACUGAUGAAGAGUGUAAAAUCUUCAUUUAUUGAGGCGCGAAACUACAAACAAGGACUGUAUGAUUUCUUAAGACAAUACCGAGCGACACCACACGUAUCAACUGGUUAUACGCCAUUCAAGUUAAUGUUUGGUAGAGAUCCGACGACUCGAAUGCCAAACAUCGGUCAUGGUAAAAGUGGAAAUCUUCAAACGAGAGAAAUAACGCAACAGAACGACGAUUUUUCGAAAAUGAAAGCAAAACGAUAUGAAGACGAACGGAUACAUGCAAGGGACAGAUCAAUUAACGUAGGGGAUCGUGUGUUAGUUAGAAAUGAAGCCAGAACAAAAUCUGAUUCAAUAUACAAACCUACGCCAUAUACGGUUAUUGACAGAAGAGGGACAAUGAUAAGUGUUAGGAACGAUGCUGGUCAUUGUAUGACUCGAAAUUCGUCAGUUAUGAAAACUGUUGAUCCUGGAAUUGUCGGGAAGGAACCGGAAACAUCUGAAAACGACCUCGAUGAAGGGGAGAUAAUAGGAAAUGAACAGAAUUCACACGCGAGUCCGCAAUCGGGUUUGGCGAGGACAAGGCCAACACGUGACAGACGUCCUCCACCAUACUUAAAAGAUUAUGUGCCGCGCUAA